CAACCGCAUCCGUGUAUGGUUUUAUCGUUCAGUUUGUCGAAACGGAGGAGUUAUUACAGUAGUUCAAUGACAUAAUUUUCGAUUCUGUUGUGAAGCAAAGUGGAACUUUUAAUUAUGGCUGUGGCUGUUGCAAUUAUUAGUAAAGAGAACUAUCCCUUGUAUGUGAAGACAAACUCCCCUGGAAGUGAUUUAAAAUUUUUGUACACAAUGCACACUUCCUUAGAUGUGAUAGAAGAAAAGGUGGUUACAGUAAACAAGAGUGUUGGGGAUCUCAGAGAACUUUAUUUAGGAUUAUUAUACCCUACUGAAGAUUAUAAAGUGUAUGGCUAUGUCACAAAUACAAAAAUUAAAUUUGUAGUCAUAGUGGAAUCAUCUCAUACCACCCUUCGAGAUAACGAAAUUCGACAGAUGUUUCGAAAGAUACAUGCAGCUUAUGCUGAUAUGGUGUGUAACCCAUUUUAUGUGCCAGGAGAAACAAUAAGUUCCAAAUCCUUUGAAAGUAUAAUCAAGAGCAUUAUGACACCAGAAUAAGCAGAAUGACUCUCUACAAAGACUACUAUUUCAUUUCCAGAUGUUUGUAUAUAAAAUUAUUGAUCUUUUUCAUACAAUGUAAAGAAUAAAAGAUAUUUAAGGACUGAGA